AUGGAUGAUUAUUUAUUCAUGUGCGUUUUUUUAUUUAUUGUUGGUACUAUUAUUUUUUAUUUUUGUAAAUUUAUUUUCAACAAAAACACCAAGAAUUAUGAUGGUUGCCAACAACAACAACAAUUUCAACAACAGCAACAACAAUUUCAACAACAACAAAGCUAUCAACAACCACAACCACAACCAUUUCCAAUUUCAAGGGUUCAAUCUAACCAUUACCCAUCUUGUAAUAAAAGAACCCCAAGUUAUUCUGCUCCUGAUAUGAUUAUAACAACAGAUCAAUCUCAACAACAACAAAGACAACAACAUCAACAACAACAAAAAGAUAGUGCAGCACAAAUCAUUGAUGAUGGUUUAAAGCCAAUGGAUAUCGAUUCACCAUUGGUCAAUUCAAGAGGAUUGUCAAAUACUCAACCUCGUCAAAUGAAUCAAGUACAAAUGGCAGAGAUACGUUUAAUGGAACGUUUACAAUUAUAUGGAUUAAUUAUCAAUAGAGAUAUCCCAGGUGACGGAAACUGCCAAAUGCACGCAAUAUCUGAUCAGAUCUAUGGUGACUUGAACCAUAGCAGAUAUAUUAGAAAUAUUAUUGUUAUUUGGCUCAGAAACAAUAAAGGAUUUAAACUUUCAAAUGGAGCCACUCUUUCUGACUUUGUCUCUGCAGCAAGUUGGGAAGAAUAUUGUAACAAUAUGUCUAAAAAUGGUACAUGGGGUGAUCAUUUAACAUUAGUCGCCGCUGCUGAAAUUUUUAAAACAAAUAUUACUAUAAUUUCAUCAGUUCCAUCCAAAACUAGUUUCUUCAUUGAAAUUACCCCAACAAUUAAGAGUAGCUUCGUAGUUUCAUUGUCAUGUGCAAUUAAAGAGCUUCGUGGUUUCAUUGAAUGGCAAAUACAGAAUAAAAUAAAUCAUUUAAAAAAUAAAUUAUCAAAUAAUUAA